CAUCCAUCCCCAACCUCGACCAUGACAAGCCAUCAAGAGCUACAAUUGGACUUGGUCAGUCAAAGUGGCCCGAUGCACUCGUAUCAGAACAAUAAAUUUUCAUCGUCUUGCUAUCCAUUAUGGGACUCAUCCAAGGCUCGAUUAUCACCAUGUUUGAUGCCUUAUAUCUCUGUCAUUCCGGGUGCUAUAGUAUUUGUUAUUGGAAUUAGCCAUGUGUUGGACUAUUACUUGCACGGAUGGAAACCGAAAUGGACGACAUCCUUUGUUGCGGAGUAUCCCCCAAACAGCCCAUCGUCACUACAAGGAGCGAAACGACGUCUGGGCUGGACAUUGUCACUUUUAGCUGUCUCGUUCAUUGGGCUUGCAGCUGAGAUAGCUCAAUUGGUUCCUCCUGGACUGGGUCUAGCGGCUAUCAUACUGACUGUUUCAUGGACAGCUGCUACCCUUUUGAUUGCAACUAAGCACCCAAAAUCAAGCCCUACUUCAGUAUUUGCAUUUUUCAUCGCAGCCUUUGCCGUGGAAGUCUCCAUCAUUCUCAGUCUCGAGAAAUGCCCAAAGUUCAAACUGAUCUCCCACUAUAUUGCAGCCAGUGCUGCUUUGAUGGGCUGUAUGGUUAUCCUCCUAAUGCCGUUACGAGCACCCACCCUUCCAUGCAUCGAUAUUUCCACAGUAGGCCAGCAACCAUCUAGCAAGUUCCGCAGUCCAGAAGACAAUUUGCGGCUAUGGCAGUUCCUUAGUGUUUCAUGGAUGGCUCCAUUGAUAUCAAUAGGAAAGAAGCGACAGCUUCAAGAAGAUGAUGUUUGGACCCUUGGAUUUGAAUUUCAGCAUCGGAGACUGCAUGAUAGGUUCCGUCGGCUUCAAGGUUCCGUUAUUGGUCGUUUGCUGCAUGCUAAUGGCAUUGAUGUUUUUACCAUUACUACUAUUGCCAUUGUGCAGAUACUCUGUGACUUCUCAACUCCGGUAUUGUUGCAGCAGCUAUUACAGGCAAUGAAUGACUUCGCGGCACCGAAAAGCGUGGCUUUAACAUAUGCCUUCCUGUCACUUGUUGUUCGUUUUGUUGCUGCGCAGUCCCAAGUCCUGCUUCUCUGGUAUGGCAGAAGAUGCUACGAAAGAAGUAGAGGUGAGAUGGUCAUGAUGAUCUAUGAGAAAGCUCUGUCCAGGAAGAACAUAUUUGGUGUCCAAAUUGACACCGAAAAUAACAAGCCCCAAGGAGAGGAUCACGACGAGGAUACUGAAUCACAUAAGAAGAGCAAACUAUGCGGACUCAUUCCUUGGGGCCGUGAAACCCGUAAGGAGAACAAUAAGGAGGCAGCCUCCAUUGGAAAGAUAUUCAACCUGCUACGUGGCGAUGCUUACGAAGUGGCCCAGAGAUUCUGGGAGAUUGACUCGUUGGUCGAUAAGCCCCUGGGCCUUGUGAUUGCUGUCGUCCUCGUCUGGAAGCUGUUUGGACCAUCCUGCUUCUUGGGUAUUCUGGCAGUCUUGGUUGCGCAGGUAAUCAAUGCGAUCAUUACUCGUGCCCUCUUUCGAUGGGAGCGAGUAAGAAGGGCAGCGACAGAUGUGCGACUACAGAUCUCUUCCCAAUUCGUGGAAGCCCUGCGACAUCUCCGCUGGUAUGGAUGGCAAAACCACUGGCUUAACCAAGUCAUGGAUGCCAGGCAAUCCGAGCUGAACCUCCGCAUUGUGACCAGUUUGUGGAAUAUCCUUAUUCGUUUCAUCAACGCGUUCGCUAGCGGCGUGUUCCCUGUGCUGGCGUUAUAUGCCUAUACACUACUAGCUGGCAAUCCGCUACGGGUUGACAUUAUCUUUCCAGCAUUGCAGCUCUUCACCAUGCUGGAGACCCGGCUCAGAGAUAUUCCUGGUCUUAUUACAAUGUUGAUUAACGCUUCCAUUGCUGUGGAAAGAAUUGAGAGCUUCAUGUCAGAACCAAACAAAGAGGUCAGACCCACGCAGACUCAUGCCGACUCGACUCCAAUUCAAAUGAAAUCUUGCUCUUUCGCCUGGCCGGGUAAAAGGCUGUCUGUGCUUUCUGACAUUUCAUUGACAAUUCCCAACGGCUUAACUGUGGUCUCUGGCAAAGUCGGUGCCGGAAAAUCAGCACUACUCCAAGCGUUCCUUGGAGAACUGGACAGGCUUAGUGGUGACUCGCAUAUUCCCAAUGAGAUGAUAGGAUAUUGCGCCCAGAUGCCAUGGCUUCAAAGCAUGAGUAUUCGCGACAACAUCCUGUUUUCGUCUCCUUAUGAUGAACAGCGAUAUAAGCGAGUCCUAGAUGCCUGCGUGUUGCUCCCUGAUCUUUCAAACUUCAAACAUGGCGAUCUAUCGUUCGUGGGCGAGAACGGCAUUGGUUUGUCAGGUGGACAGAAGGCUCGUGUAGCCCUUGCUCGAGCACUUUAUAGUGCAUCCAGGAUACUGUUGCUUGAUGAUCCAAUUUCCGCUCUGGACCACAAUACAGCGGAAACGAUUGUUCGCAAGUGCUUCUCAGGCCCGCUUAUGCAGAACCGGAUGGUCGUGCUUGUGACGCACCGUACCGCUCUCGUUCGUCAUAUUGCAACUCAAAUAAUUGACAUCAAGGAUGGGCAUGCAACUGUGUACGGAAAAGAUGCUAUUUUUACGGCCGCUGCGGAUGACGUCGCUCAACAGCCUCUCCUAGACGAUGAAGAAGCUAGGCCUCAACAUGAGGAUGAACUUGAAGAUACGGCAACUGCAGUUCCAGACAAGUUCAUUGAAGAGGAGCAUCGAGCAGAAUGGGGUGUAAAAGCCAAGGUCUACUGGGAUUACAUCAGAGCUGGUAAAUAUAGAUGGUGGAUCGCGCUUGUCAUUGUCAUGACGAUUUACCGUCUGGUGUCAGUUGGGCAAUCCUGGUUCUUGAAAGAAUGGGGAGAGGCUUACGACCAGCAUUCCUUCGUGCAAGUAUGGCGAGGUCUGAAUUUGCUGCCAAGUAACCUAAUUGAUCGGCUGCCCACGCCCCUCGACGACGUCAAACCUUGGCUGCUAGCAUUCUUCCUGAUUACAACUUUCCAGGCUUUCAUGCUGCUGGUUGGACAAAUAUUGAUGCUGGCCAUUGUUUAUUUCGCAGGCAAGAGGCUCUUCAAAGAGGUCAUGGUGGGCGUUAGCCAUGCCACGUUCCGAUUUUUCGAUAUCACUCCCAUUGGCCGUUUGAUGAAUCGUCUCACGUCGGACAUUGGGGUCGUAGACGGGAAUGUCAGCGAGCAGUUUCAAGUCAUUGCGUUCCAAGCGAUUACCUGGAUUUCGUCCAUUGUUGUCAUAGCAUCGGUCACGCCAACGUUCUUGGUCUUCUCGCUUGUUCUUACUGGUGCAUUCAUUGUCAUAUUUUUGCACUUCCUACCGACAUCACAGAGCCUGCGGCGCUUGGAAAUGGUAUCACUAAGUCCUUUGAUUUCAAAUUUCGGCGAGCUCCUGCAUGGCCUAACCACAGUUCGCGCCUUUCACGCGGAAGAGCGCUUCCAGGACCGGGUUAUCGACGUCGUUGAUCGAUUUCAAGGCAUGGACCACUUCUACUGGUCCCUGCAAAGCUGGUUGAUGUACCGUUUCGAAAACCUGUCAGGCCUGUCCACGUUUUGUCUGACAGUGCUGGCUCUAUACACGAACAUCUCUCCUGGCCUAGCUGCAUUCGUACUAAUCGCAGCAAACAACUUCGUCGCAUCAACUCACGGCCUAUGCAAACAAUAUGGCCAACUACAAAUGGAUUUCGUCUCCGUAGAACGCAUAGACGAACUCCUGCACGUCGAACAAGAAACCCCAGGAACCAUCACACCCCCAGCAUCCUGGCCCAAAUACAGCAACGACAUCACCUUCGAAGACGUAACAAUCCGCUACGCACCCCAUCUCGAUCCUUCCUUGUCUAACAUUUCCCUCCGUAUCCCAGGAGGCUCAACGACAGCGGUCAUUGGCCGCACAGGCAGCGGCAAAUCCACGCUCGCUGUAUCACUUUUAUGCGUGAUUCGGCCCGAAUCAGGCCGCAUCAUAAUUGACGACAUCGACAUCGCAAAAGUGAACAGUCAAACCCUCCGCACACGCGUCACUUUUGUCGCCCAAGAACCCGUCCUCUUCCCCGGAUCCAUCCGCCUAAACCUUGAUCCCACAAACGACUACCCGGACACCGAAUGCGCAGAUGUUCUGCACCGCAUCUGCGCCAGACACGGCUGGACACUAAACACAUCUAUUGAAGCUGGCGGACGGAAUCUUAGUCAAGGACAGAGACAGUUGAUUGGGUUGUCGAGGGCUGUGCUUAGACGGAGUCCGGUUGUGAUUUUGGAUGAGGCAACGGCGUCGAUUGAUCAUGAGACAUCGUUGGAAAUUCAGACGAUUCUUAGGGAUGAGAUGAGGGAUUCGACGGUCAUUACGGUUGCACAUCGGUUGGAGGCGAUUAAAGAUGCAGAUUAUUAUGUUGUGUUGGAUAGAGGGAGGGUUGCUGAGCAGGGAUUUGUGGGGGAGAGGGCGUGAUGGGAAGAAGGGUAGAGCUUUUCUUUUAUUCAAGUAGAUUGUACACUGUAGAAACUUCGAGAGAAAUGAGAUUAUGAAGAUACACAGACAAAACUCUGCCUGGUAGCCCCGGCCAAAUAGAAAGAACAAU